AUGAGGAACACUGAACAAUUGAUUGGUUCUCUCGGUCUUUUUGCAUUUAAAUGUGAUACACUCGAAAAAUUCAAUGAAGCACUUCAUUCGUAUGGCCCUGAAAAUUCUUGGAAUUAUGACAGAAUCAGAGUUAACCUGCGUAAGGGCCAACAAACAGCUGUUACAAAGUCCAACAUUACAGUUACAUCAUUUUCAGGAAAUACUGAGAGAAAAAUUUUGGAAAAUGCUGAACAAAUUGUGACUGAAUCUCUUCCCAUUCCCAAAGUGGUUAAAUAUUUUCAACAAGUCACAAAUGCUGCCAAUUCCAUUGUACUUGGAUAUGUACGAUUUGCUAAUGAGCAAAAGAAGUAUUUUCAAGCCAUUCUAGAAAAGGGAACUUUUACUCGUGAUUUUGGCAAGAAGCAGGUAGAUGUUAAGCUGUGUGACAACAAAGUGUUAGACAGCUAUCUACAGAAUGAGUUUAAAGAAGCUGAAAAAUGUCUUCAAGAGAUAGAAAAGAAGUACUUAGCUUGUUGUGAGCCACCAACCAAAAAGCUUACCAAAAAGACAAAGAAAGCUGCUUCAGUGCUGAGUAGUGACCUUGCUGAAUUGGCUGCAUUUCUUCAAGUUGAGCACAUAAAGAAGAAUGCAAUAUACUGUGUAAUCCGAAACUUUAUAUCUUCAGGGAAGAAAACCUUCUAUUUUAGAGGUUGUGGUUGGACCAAGAAAWCUGUAAAAUGGGACAACAAUGAUUAUAAAUGGAUUACCGCCAUUGUAAAACUGUUUGAACAUCUUUAUGGAGGAGAUUAUCUUCAAUAUGUUUAUGAGAAAGAGAGAGGCUCCAGAGUUCRUGAAACCAGCACCCCUACAUAUAAGUACAACCAUGAUGACUGGGAAGAAAAUUAUAUCAAAGCCAUUGAAGGAGUUUCUUCCCCCAAAAAGCCAACAUCUAAAAAUUGCCAGCUCUAUCCGGACGAGUGUGUCGAAGCCAGUUCUACAGUUGAUGAUGAUCAUUCAGGAUGUAUUUCAUUGACUUCAACACCUGAGAAGCCUUCAAACAUGGCUCCAACUUUAGUCCCUUCUYAAGUUGUAACCCAAUAUGCCAUCCCAACUUCUGCCAUGUCGACACGUAAGGAGUUUGCAAUGACGCAAAUCCCUCCAUUAUCAAAUACUCCKCGUUGCCAGAUCAAAGUAAUUUUUGGUACUUUCAAUCCGCAAGAUGCUACCACUGUUCAAGAGAGGYCAUGUGAAUCCACUCUGAAUGACGCUUACGAAGCACUAAGAAAGACAAGAAGUGCAACAGGUGUUGAGAUCGGUUGUCUAGGACAAUUUAACAAAGAUGGUCUAAGUAUUUUAAGAAAGUACURCGAAAUACAAAGAUUGAAAGAUGAAGUUCUUGAGGAAGAGGCAUGGUUAGAUGGACCAAAAGACAGCCUUAGUGGACCAGAAAUUAAAGACAUCAAAGAUUUCCUUUGGAAUAAAUCUGUUAAUGCAACUAUUCUGAAAGCUGGUCACAAAUCCAUAGAUGUGUCAUCCUUGUCCACCUUAGUCGGUGAAAGAUAUUUGGACAAUUUUGUCAUUGACACUGUCAUCAGCAGAAUCACCCAAGAGCUAUCCCAUGUCCUUUUUCUUCCAACAGAAUCCCAUGACUGGCUGAAAACAAAUGAUGACAAGUAUAUUAAGUCUAAGUUGUCCACAGUUAUGAAAUCAGUUACCACGCAGACCGUUAAACUUAUGAUAUUACCAUUACAUAUGAGUGGAUGCCACUGGGGACUCAUUGUUACUGAUUUUGACAACAAAGAUAUCUAUUUUGAUGAUGGYAUGAAGUAUAAACCCAGAAGGUCUGUACUSCCUAAUGUCAAGAGGCUACUGCACCUAAUUCACCAAUUAAGUCCUGUCUUACCACAACUUGAUAAUGUUCAAGAUUUCAAGCGAUUUGGAAUGCCUUCACAGCGUAACAGUAACGGAGGGCAGGGCUCUGGAAGCUGUGGUAUGGGAGUGAUAAUGGCUGCUAGAGAUUUCAGUACUCUUGGAUUGAGUUCAACAGUAAACCACUUCAGCUGGAGUUUUAGCAACAUGAGACAAUACAGAAAGGAAUUAAUCUUGCAAAUAGUUAAGUGGUCAAAACAGUAAUGCACUAUAUACACUGUUAAUAACAUAGCUCACAAUAACUUGUAAUGACUGCCUUGAAGCAGCAGGUUAACUUGGCUGAAAAGCUGUUGAUCUGUGAGAUAAAUAUCUCCUGGUGCUUCAUUGGGCGGCAUUUAACAACAACCAUGUCAAUCAAAUUAAUUUAUUCAAAAAUUCUUAAUAUUCACAAUAACUUGCAAUGACUGCCUUGAAGCAGCAGGUUAACUUGGCUGAAAAGCUGUUGAUCUGUGAGAUAAAUAUCUCCUGGUGCUUCAUUGGGCGGCAUUUAACAACAACCAU